GCCAUAGAGCGAAUAACCUACCCCCUCAAACUCGCCCACCAUUCGGAACCACAACUACCCCAACCGUUUCGCAAGGAUGGCUCGGCCGAAUGGCCAUCGGAGCGAUGAUGAUCUGGAGGGUGAUCCCCCCCCUCUACGAAUCGUCGUGCCCAAAUCCCCACUAAGCACCCACCGACCCAGCACCUCGCGCUUCCGUCUCCGCCGGGCGGGAACGGUCCUCGCGUCGGCGAACUACCAGGACGAAGCUCCCGGACAGGAGCCGGGUCUCGGCCCCGAUGAGGAAUUGGAUGCGAGAGUUAAUAUUCACACGACCUGUGGGAUCACCGUCGUGGACUUUUCGGAAGAUGAGAUAUUGCAGACAGAACUUGGCAACGUGGAACUCAUUGAGUUUUUGAAGAAGGCAAAGGAGGAGUGGGUUAAUGUGCGGUGGAUCAAUUGUAAUGGGCUUUCAUGGGAUGUUAUUCAGGCUUUGGCGAGGUAUGGAAAUUUGCAUCGGCUUGGUAGGUUUUGCUCUACAAUUGGGGGAAAGGGGGGGCUUUGCUGAUUCCGGACCCUGGCGGUAGCGAUUGAGGAUUUGAUGAAUACUAAGACGAGAACUAAAUGUGAUUGGUUGGCUCCCGUUUUCGCUAUUUCGUUGGGACGUUUGGGCGAGUGCUGACUUGGGGUGGACAGGUAUUCGGACCAGGCUUUUCGUUAGUACUUCUACCAUGGGAUACCCGAGUGGAAUGAAAACUAAUUUUUUGUGCUCCGCAGUUGUUUUGCCGUUGCUUAAGUUGAUCCACUCGGAAGAUAGUAGUGAUCCUUAUCCACUUACCUCCCUUGGCGGUACUAACUGUGCCUCCAGCUGAAAACCGCGGCAAUGCUCCGACUACAAAUCCGGACGGAACCACGAUUGGGAAAAUUAAGACACUACAGGAGUACUACGGUGGGCCGAACAAAGAGAGAAUAGAGUGGGCCUCUUAACCUGGAGGAUUAAACCAGUGCUAACAGAACCAAAGGUACAUGGAGAAAUACUCCAGUCUGUCAUCAAAGGGCCUCCGCGUCUCGGUAGAGCAGGUAUCAAUGUUUCUAACGGAGGACGGGACGGUUAUCAGUUUCUUUGAGAACUCAGCAGAUGAUAUCGAGUACACCCGACCCCUUAGCACAAAUUGCAAGAUGGCGAGCUAACGCGUCUGUAGACCACCAAUCUUCCAAAGACUCGAAUCUCGAAACACUAUCCUCCGCUCCGCGUGCGAUGGGUCAAUGAUACUACAGGCAAUCGUAGCCGCCCCCUCCUUUUCGCUAUUAUCAAGCUGGUGAUAGGUGAUAACCUAUGAACUAGAUUGAUGCCAUAAUCGAUCUCGCCUUCCCCGUGGUCCAAGCCUACCAGGACACCAUAGCAGAAUUGGAACUGAAUGUCCUGACUGACCCAUCUGUGGAGCAAUCCCGAGAAUUGUACAUCCUAACCAGCGAGUUGUCUCUACUAAAAAGCACAAUCUCCCCGGUCGUCGGCCUCGUUUCCUCCCUCAAAGACCACCGAAAAGGCGGCUCUUUCACAAAGGACCUAAAGGGCGUUGAGGUCAGCGAGCUUACGAAAACCUAUCUUGGCGAUGUAGACGACCACCUACUCCUUCUCAUUGAUCGUAACCCCCCCCCCCCCCCAAAGUAUCUACAUUUAGUAGGGGGCAUAGGCUAAUGGCCGCAGAACCUCGAAACCAUGAAGCGUGCAGCAGAUAACAUGAUUGACCUAAUCUUCAACACCAUCGGCAUGACGCAAAACGAGUCGAUGAAGACCCUAACUCUCGUCACAAUCCUCUUCCUACCCAUGUCCUUCCUGACCGGAUAUUUUGGAAUGAAUUUCGAGGACUUCCCGGGAAUCCGGAAUUCUGAUAGGUUCUUUUGGAAGAUUGGUGGUCCGAUCCUGGGGAUCACGAUUUUGUUUUUGCUGAAUGGGAUUGUCGGGAAGAGCGUUAGGCAGAAGUGGAGGAAGAGGGGAAUUAGGGUUGCGAGGGAGAGGAGGGUUAAGCUUAUGAAUGGUCGUGGUGGGGGGCAGGGCUAGAUGGUGGGCCGGCGGAAAUGGGGAAUGAGGAGAGAGGGAGGGGGGAUGUAAAUCGAUUAUUUAUAAUUUGGGGCUCAAAUUUAUUCUUAGCUAGGAUCAAAAGGGGUUUUAUUUAGAUGCUUUAACUUAUGAUACUUCUUACUGCUUCG